GCAGUUUGAAAAGUGCUCGUGUAUCCAUUUUGGUGUUGAGUCUGAAUUUUGGACCCUUCUCCAAAUUUACGAGAACCCAUCUGCUUCACCUUGUCAUCUUGCUGCGACUGUGGAGCCUAGUAUCCAGAUACAGUCCGCGAUGCCGGUGAAGCAGGAUAGUGUAGCAGCGCCGGCGGGACUGUCGUUCUCACUGAAAUCAACAUAUUUGGAAGGAGCGUUGCACAGCACAGCAGCCACGAACGCAUUUUAUCCUGUUUGAAUCGUACGUGACCUGUGGAGGAUCCAGGGCUUGCACCGUGGCGGCUUUAGUCCGCAGAAGCGCCUACCGCAUCGACCAGCUGUGCCUCGGUCCGUCAGUUUCUCUUGUCCGCUGUUACUCAGAGCCACCGUGUUUUGUGCAGACCGGGCAAACGACGCUGAAUGGAUUCAUUUGACAUCAUCGGUGCUAACUGCACUGAAUAGACAGAGAAGCGUUGAACGCUGUUAGCUUCAUUGUCAAAAUGGCAGCAUGUGGGCGGUUGGCACCGCUUGUUCUCCUCUUCCUCGUCGCAUAUUUCCCACUGUUGUGCAGUUUCGCUCGCCCUGUCGAUUCCGAAGAUGGCGUAGAUUCAGAUAACCAAACUCUAACGAACACCGACUUCGAGCUUGAAAACGAUUCUAUGGAAAACCAGACAAGCGAUGACGCCUUCGAUGAUAUCACGGAACAGAGGCUGGAUAACGACGUUGAAAAUGCUUCCUUUGCACAGCUCGCAACCCAAAAGAGCAACGCUGCUGCGGGACAAAAACUGUUCGCGGCACUGGAGAAUGCCAUGAAAGAUCAGAAUGCCGCAAGGACGCAACAGCAAAAAGGGCAGGACAUGUUUUUUGCGGCGAAGAAAGCCGUCGACACUGGCGAUGACAGUGCCUUGCAGUGCGUGAUAUUCAAGCCGAAGCGAAAGUGGUCUCAGCUCCUGAAGAGCUUCUGCAAGAGCUACAGGAAGCAGGAGCAGCUUUUUUCAACCUGUCAAAAGCUUGCAAAGGUCGUAGAGAAGACGCUCCUCGAACAGUGUGGAGACGGUUCCUUUUACGAUUGCAGACGAAAACUCGGCUUCGUUAUCAGCAACCCCGUGUUCGUCCACAUCAAAGAUGAUGGAGCUCUCAACCUUCAUCCUAAAGACGAGUAUUUCGACUUCGUCAUCCAUGUGGUUAAAGACUACAACGAUUGGAACACGGCCCGUGUUAUGGGCGAUUCCUGCUUCUACGACACUAUGGCCCAAUGCAACUCUCGACAGAACCAGGAGAUGAUGAAGCGCAUUAAGAAAGAAAAGAACGCGACCUUGAGGCACGACGAAGAGAAUGUUGGGGCCCGGCUGCAAGCUCUGCGGAACGUCCUGAACGUCACGAAAACCGCUCGCGUGGAUCCGCAGCUCUUGGCGCUGGUCCUCCAGCUCCUCGAUACAAGCCAUUGCUCCACAGGGCUUCUAGGCCGUUUGAAGAAAUCCAAGAAGCAGAGAAACGAGUGGAAAUACCAACUUGUCCAGACCAUGGUGUACUGGUUCACCGUGAAUCCCACGAAAUGCGAGGAGAUCUUGGCGGGAGAUCCGGGCAAUCCCCCUGACUCGUGGGCACUGAAGUGCCAAGCGUUUGUGUACUCGAUUAAACAGAAGAAGGCCAUUAUGCCUCUCGUCCGCGCUAUGGCAGAGAACGAUUCAGUCAAAAGCACCGCUCUGGCCGGCUCCUUGCGAAGUGACAUUGAAAAAACGGUGAUCGCUGCAGAAGAGGUGAUCCUGUUAAAUGCAAAGACUGCCAUGGACGCUCGCGGCGCUGCUCUGUUCUUGGUCCAGAAGCGGCGGACUUCCCUGGCGCUAUUGGAGUUCUUUUCCCGGUCGGCUUUGCUGAGGAAAAUACUAUCAUUCAUCGUGGGCAAAAUGAUCACUUUUCUUCUGCCUGAACCAGCGAAGCUCGCGAUUGUUGGCAGCAUUUCGCGUUCACUGAAGAGCGGAACACAGAGUGGGAGACCUGAGGGUCUGAUGGAGAAGGCGGUUGUGGACAUGAUGGCAUGUGGCCACGAGGCUGUCAUUUUGUGCAUGACCCACCGUCCAAAUCUCGCGCGAACAGCGGUCCGCGCCUUUCUGAACGUUGCGGAGACUGUUUCCAAAAAAAAAGACAAAAAGGCGGAAGCAGAAAGUUCGACCUCUCUUAUUCAACUCAGCAACACUGUAGGCUCUCCAUCCCCCAGCAAUUCUUCUCCUCAGGAUUACGGUGGCGACAUUGACGAUUUCGUCGAAGUGGAACUGUCACCGACCGAGGAACAACUGACUCCGCUCGCGCAGCAGUUUGCGGAUUACAUGGAGGGUCAUCAGGUUAAUCUUUUCCGCGGGUCGUGGGACGAGGGAGACACUCAUCGUUCAGCAUUUGACAAGUUCCGGACUUUGACAGGCGUUCCUCGAACGAGGAAAGCGUACAAGAAGGCUCUUGUCCUUUGCGCCUGGGGGCUGGGGCUGGUCACCUUCGCUCUCGGGAUUGCGGCCGUCACCAUGUUUUCACCUGGGCACUUGUUUGCGUAUCUGGGAGCACUUUCGUUGUCCGUCGGUCUCGCGAUCCUGGUGCUCAUUCCCCUCAUCAACUACGGUAUUCUCUGGUCGAGGGAAUACAAUCGAAUUGCCUUCAUGGGCGGGAAGGAACUUCAGCGAUCGCCUAAAAAGCGUGUUUUGAAACAGGAACGAGGCUACGCUCCUCCGGACAGUCGCCUGUCGGAUCUGUUUGACACGCAAGCCGCGCUGGAACAUCAAGCUCAAGUGAACCCGAUGUUCGAUGGCAACGAAGAUGAAACUUAAGGCUCCAGAUGAGUUCUCGAUUACUGUCCAGGGUGGCUCGACAACUCCGAAAGAGUUUGUUGCUUUUCUCGCAGAUGGAAAGUGCCAUUGUGAUCCUGUCAGUGGCGGGCACUGUUAAUAAUGUGCGAGGUUCUCCAGACUCAGCCGUGCUAAGUUUUCUCAACCCUGCAAAUCAGUUACAGUGUUCCGUGUAUGCUCAACGGCGCCCAGGGUACAUCUACAAGGCGUGGCCGCACAAUAUGUUUUAUGAAAACUAGUCGACAGGAAGGGACUUGUCCUAUGAUGUGUUUGGUGUUGUGGUCAUUGGUGAAGCUUCCGCAGUGUCCUUGCGAGGCAUGGCCAGAGUCCGAAAGAUCCGAAACUGGCAAAAAUGAUGAUAUCCUCUACAACUAGCGUGUCAUCUGCAAGCUACCGUCGGCUCAGGCAGGCAUACGCCAGCAAUUGAACUCUGUCUCGCCUACAGCAGAAGUGCUGGUGCCGGUGUGCUUCUAGGUCGUGUCUGUAAUGGUCAAAAAGCGGACGGCACCCAUGAUUACUCCGUUAUUGUUUCGACCAGGAUCACUCUUUAUCAUCUGAAACUCGACGAGCUGAACUCCUGGGACUGACCUUGAAGCCUCAUUUACCCAGCCCAAGUUCAUUUGCGUUAGACAAGCACACCUCAGAUGAUCAUUGUCGAAAUAGAACCAGC